AUGCCUCACAGACAAAUUAGUAUUGGCCAAAGCCCGCACCCUGCAUUGAGCAUUUACGGUACACCAAUUCCUCAUUUCGAAUACUGCUCCGCCAUACCAAUCAUACGCACCAGCGCGAUCAAUCCUGGGCACUUUUGGCAUUCCCUCAGCUUGAAGAAGACAAGACUCCCAGAAGAACAAGAACAAGAAGAAUACCUGUUACAGCUUGUUGCCAGGGUUCUAGAAGGGAUAAAGUGCAUCCAGGGCGUUCAGGUCAACGCGAACUGUGAUGGGCGGAUGGGUCUCCAAGAGGAGCUUCGACGGGCUUUGAUUUCCGGGAAAGGAUCCUCCAGUGCCUCUUCAGAGCAGCUAGAAGCCCACUUACGCAGUUUGGAUCAGCCUGCAGCAAUGGUAGGGAACAAGGGUGCCGCAGCUGGCUACUCAAAUGCGACCAAAGGGACACCACGAGCUGUUUUGCCCCUAGUUGAUGAUUCGAAGGCUUUCAAUCUCCAGCGAGGUUACAUCAGCUAG